CCUAAAAUGUUGGCUUUGCCAACUUCCUGGGUUGCGGGCGGAGAAAGGCGGACGUGGGGACUCGGGGCGGGGCGCAGCGUAACUAAGAGAGCCAUUCCAUUUAGGGCGAGAGAAAAUGGGCGGUCUGGUGUCCGCCCCGACUGGCAGCGGCUGGGUCUCCCCAUCUCUCCUAAACUUCCCCCGGUCUUCGGCCCGAGCUGUAUGAGGCAGAAACUCGUCCCACGUACGGUUCGGAGGCCGAGCCCCACCCCAGCAGUAAGGGUGCGGCUUAGGUCAACUAACACAAAGAAGAUACAGUUCACUCAACGAUUGCCUUUGGGUUCCGAACUCCAUAUGGGAAAGGAGCGUUGUUGUUUGCGGGGUCUCGAUCAUUUACAUGGACCCACUUCUCAUUCCAUUUGUGGGAAUUUGAUGAUCUAUACACCGUCCCUAACGAACGAUCGGCUCAGGUUUGAGCAUGAUGAAUCACUUCGUGCCGACCUGUUGCCAAUAAACUUUCCGGCCUCAUAUGAGAAUGGAAAACUGGAGCAUUUUCUGCAUCGGUGGAUGAAGAAUCGAGAACAUAAGAAUUUAUGGUUGACCAUGUUCCCAGAAAAAAGAUACUUUCGAGAAACGACGAACACGACUGAAGUGGCUAUACAUACAAAUCCAUUUACGGAUCUAUAUGCUCCGAUUGGAACUGGAAGUUCCAGAACAGGUGGCUGGUAUACUACCAUAAUGAAACUUCCUUUUCUUUUUUUUAUUCGGAUCGGAUUUCUGUUGGCUUCGUUGGGGGGCUCGCAUAGUUUGUUACGUCAGCUCCAAAAGGAUAAGUUGCGUUGGAAUCGAAAAGGUUCCGCGGAGUUCAUAAUUGCAUAAAAGGAGUCAAAGUAGUGGCUGCGGCGCGUUGAGGCACCUCUUCGACGGUCCUCGUACGCCCGGCCUGACGGCCCGCUCUGCAGAAUUCAUGGAUCGGUGGCGAGACAGAAUAGGCGGGCACUACUAACCAAGCCAAGCCCAGUUCUCGCCGAGAGGCGGGGGGAGCUUUAUUCCAAGCCUUGCCUUAUAUAAUAGUUGUGGCCAUGGCGCUUUAAUAUCGGAAAAAUAAAAAUUGACUGCGAGACGGCGAAUGAGACAGCAUCUGAGUCUCGCUUAGUCGUGAGCGUUCACCGGGUGGACCGAGUUGGUAAAGACACAGAGGUUCCGAAGGAACGAGCCGUGAGGGUAGGUUCGCGAGCAAUCAUCAUACGAAAACGAACCAACUACAACUUUGUUCGGCGGAACCACUUGCGCUUAUUGCGGGAGACCCGGGAAGCUACCUAAAUGGAGAGCCCACGCGUGCACGGGCGGUUGAUAAACACGUAUUAUUGGGAUGGGGCAGCUGUCAAUGGAUUCUGUGAUCGAAUGUCCAACUUUCUAGAGUUUAGGAGUGAAUGGGCUAAGCCAGAGUCUUCCUGACUUGCGGGACUGGUUAAAGCAAUUCCCCUUAUCUUACUAGAUCUUAACUGAUAACUAAAGAUUUUCUUUUUUUAAUAAAGCAGCCACCUCUUUCUGGUGUGCAGAGCUAGACAGAAGGCUUCUUAAGACAUCGCUUUCAUACUCCACUCUCUAGUUCACUGAUUGAUCCUUCCGCUUUUGUAAAAGGGUUCGGAUCAUUAGGCUUUGCUCAACCUCCCCUCAGGGAUCGCGGAGUCAGGUAGAUCAACCACUUUUACAUAUCUUCUCCUGGCAAAAGAAUAUCCCCUCACUAAACCUCAGAAUAUCCCAUCCCGAGGUCUUAGCCGAGGCUCGGCUUUACGCCCUUUGGCCUUUCUUUUCUCGUUUGUUUUAGUAAAAGGCCUCCGGCUGCAGCAAGGCUAUCUUGAAUUCCAAUUUUAAAUGAAAUAAAUGCACUCCUCUGUAUUCUGUUGUGCUCGGCGAACGGAUAAAGCCCAGGAUGGGAAGUCGCAUCUUUUUCGGAGUUGAAUCGGGAAUCCUACUCUAAAUAAAAGAAUCUAAUCACGGGCUCUCAGGUGGCAAAGGUCUUCCUUACCUUACCGCUUUCCAGUCAUCCAUGCAGCUCCUACAAGAAAAGGGUCUUCGGCCAGCUUUCUAUCUUACUGUAGUAGAGUACAUAAUGCCGAUCUAUAGAGAAUGGAAAAUAAAGAUUCUUCCUUUUGGGGAAAACAGAGAUGGAACGAUUGAUAGAUGGUGUCCGUAGGGGCUAUUCUCUAUGGGCCCUUCAAGUAUGCUUCUUUUCCUUUGAGGUCAGAAGAGCAGCAGUCAGGUAACAAAACAUGGCACUAAAUGGAAGCGAGCGUCCUGGAAAGGUUUGAUUCAAAGAGAUAGGUAUCCGUUUCGAAGAGCUUGUUCCCCCUUUCAGAAAGACUGUCCUAUCCGAGCUAGCGAACCCCCCAAACUAAUUAGCAUUCCUGCCUACCGCUACACGUGGGCGCAGGAAAUGAUUUCAGGGGUGAAGUUCAUCCGUCUUGUUCUCAUCAUAUGCGCAUUCAAUGCCGCCUGAAAGAGUGUAUAUCUCACUACCCGGCUAUUCUUGUAAGUGCUUAACCCCGACACACGAAACCGUCCAUUUAGCUAGAAAUUUGCUAUAUCCGAAUAUGAAGCGCCCACUUGAACCCGGGGCAAAGACGACUUUACUUUCUCCAGGUUAGCUCAAAGGGAAGCAAGCUAGGACUGGCAGAAGCUUCAAGUGGUGAGAAACUUAGCUCUCUGGCUAGGCUCUCGAAGGACAUGAUCCAUCGUUUUCCCUUACGGUACUACUUAACGGAAGACGGGGAGUGCUGAAAUGGAACAACCAGCUUGCAAAAACCUCUACUGCCUGCUCUGGUUUACAUGUGAAAUUAGGACUAGGGACACUCAAGUGUCACCGCUACUAAGAAUGUCAACUUCUUUCUCUGGAGAGCCUAAUGGGUGGAAAGGUCUGGAGUGUUGGAUCCACCAUCGAAAGACUCCCACGGCUAGGGGCUACCCCACUAUUUCAUUGACUAAACUCCAUAAGUCAAGGUUCAACCACUCUUCGAAGGAAAGUUGACUUGCCAAGCGUUAUACGCGAAGGAUCGCUCGACGGUCUGUUUUGGUCCCCCUGUUGUGGGUGGGCUUUAGGGUUUCAAGAAAGGAUGCCCGGAAGGGGAAAGAAAGAGGCAUAAACACUCAGGACACUUCGUUACUAGGACCGAAGGAAUGGCACGUCGAACUACUGCUACACCAGGAAAGUUGACUUGCCAAGCGUUAUACGCGCAGGAGGGGGAACUCCCAAAGGCUGCACAAACUGUCUGCCAUCGAAUCGAAAGAAGCUCGUAUAGACGUAAGGUUCUGAAAGAAAAGAAGAUAAGAUAUAGAAGAGAGAAGCUUCUUUCUAGAACACUACACUUGUAGCUCUUAUGCGCCGUAGGUUUUGAAAGAUGCUCGACCAGCGGGAGUAGGUAGUUUCCGGAAGCUCUUAACAACAUUGCAUUCUAUACGCUAUUUCUUUUAUCGUUCGUAUACUCACUUGCUUUCUUUUCUUUGUCUUCUAUCGUUCGUAACCUAUAAAUGUAUACUCACUUGCGGUGGCGUGCUUUCUUCUCUGAGUUCUUUCCCUUGGUGCCACCGGCCCUUCGCAUUCUUUCCGGUGUUUCUUUCUAGAUGAAUGGGUAGGAACAGGUUGGUCCUUCCCGAGGUUCGUUAUAGGGCUAUUCUUUCGUCUUUAUUGUAGCUAUUCUUCGCAUCUCGUCGACAUCUCGUCUUCGAAAGAUAGUCUUUAUUUUCUCGUCUUUAUUGUAGCUAUUCUUUCUUAUGUUGAUCAAUAUUCUCAGUCUAGAAGCCCCCUCCUCACAGCCAUUCUUUUAUAUCAUGCCAGCCUCUAUCCCUUUCGCUUACGCUUUCAGUGAACUAUUGAAGCUAUCGAGAGAGUACCAAACGCUGACGGUGACGAAGCUUCUUUGCAUCCCGUAGUGAUGUGGUACUAAGCGACUACCCUUCCAGAGUCGUACAACGAAGUGAUUAGCAAACCAGAGUGACGCAAGGCUCUAAGCUCGUACCUUAGAAGCUUUUUAUGCUCUCUCCGCUCGAGUAGGUGCUUUGCUUUAGCCCAGCUCUAAUCGAUUGAAACUCUCUCUGUCUCUUUGCCCAGCUGAAUAAGUAUAAAAGACUCACUCGCUCACAUCGUUGGACUUGAGCACUAACCCCUAUUCUAUUUAUUCUCGCCUGCCCGCUGAAUCAGUACUUCUGUCUGAGCUUUUCUAAUCAUACCUUUCUCCUUCUGUGAGCUACAUAAUAGAUUCUAUUUCUCCUGAACCUGCUAACAAGCGCCGGCUAAUAGUAGAAUUUCCCUCUACUUCUCCUUCACUUCCCCUUGCUUAACCUAAGGGCCCUACCCUUUCCUUUCUAUUCUCGCUCAUUCCCGAUCACGGAUUGAGGUUAUGAAGUAUUCAUAGAGAAAGCGACUGAACAACUCUACUUCGGCUGAGCUUCUGAACUCUAUUUCUUCCUCAGCACAAGCGCUAAGCGAUAAGAAUUCCUUUCUUUAUGCUGCUGGCCUUUUCUAGCCUGAUAGUGAAUGAAAGUUCAAGCAAGGUAUGUCGAAUUCCGCUCUUGCUUUGAGGACUCACUUUACCUUUUGCUCUUCUCUUGGAGUUCCUUGGAAUUAAUAAUCAAUAGCGGGGUCUCUCUCUCGACUGAGGUAGGUCACUCACAUCUGGGCAGACACGCACUACGGGAAUUCACUAGAGACACAGCCUUCUUCUAGCCAUCUCCUUCACUAAAUCAAGGGUAAAAGACCGAACCUGAACUGAAUUGAAAGAUGAUGAAGUACGGAGCUAGCUCUCUGACUGGUGGUUCCCCCCAGGAGCAAGAACAAUCUCUUCUACGAGAAUAUCAAAUCACAUCACGGACCCUAUUGACCGAUAUGGAUUUUGAACCGCUGCUAAUGCUAAGCCAUCAACAAAGCAACUCAAUUUUUCCCUACUUUAAAGCAAGUGUGGUGAAGAACAUAGAUCAUCGAGAAAGUCAUCUUCUUUGCGUGGAGAAAACCAAACAAGCAAACUGCUAGGAUGAAUCAGAUCAGUCAGUGCCCAUCGACCGUUUGAAGACAAUGAAUGGUAUUCGCGGCUCAGCUUUCGCCCAAUCGAUGACGUGGUACUUCUUUCUCCUUUCUUCUGGCCCUAUCCACUCGACCAAAUCCUUUCUCCUAUCUGAUCUACUCGACUAUAAGGUAUUCUUAAUCGCUCCAGUAGAGGAGUGGGAAGCGAAGACCGUCUCAUCAAUCCAAAAGCAUUCUUGUCCUACCUAAAGACAGGCACCCAUUGGGAGGAAAUGUAUGGGACUUGGCUCUUAACGGCGAAUGGUACAGGGGAAGGGCUCGGCUCUUAACUCAUGCGGUAAGCUGGAGCUAAUACCAGGGUAGCUUACUCUCCCCCAUGUCUCAAAAAUCCGAUCUGCCGGCUUUGGUGUGGUUUCGGAGAUCCAUGGGCAUUAUCUUCUAUAAAUAAUAACAGCGACCUAUUGUAGAUAAGCUUCUUUCUGUAACACUACACUUGUAGCUCUUAUGCGCCGUAGGUUCUGAAAGAUGCUCGACCAGCGGGAGUAGGGCUGUAAGAGUCUAUAGUUUCUAGCUAGUAUAUGCUUAUGCUUAUAAAGCUCUACAGUAUAGUAGCAAAGAAACCGCUGCUAGGAUGCCAAGAGACUCUACGAGGCAAUAAGGCGUGUUAUAUGCUUAUAACAAGGUAGUUUACUUGCAUAGGCACAGGUGGCACUCUCUUAAAGAGUCAAAUCGAUCUUCCCGUUCUCCGCUCCUAUAUUUACUAGUUCAUUCAUAGCUCUUAGAGAGAAAGCUCUACCUCUAGCCCUUACAUCCCUUCUAGCUCUAUGAUUGAGAUUAGCUAGCCUUAAGCUCUUCCCGCUUCGUUUCUGUUAAUCACCCCCGGUUCUUGUUGUCUUACAUAGUUCUUACCCAUUGAUAGCAUGGGAUAUGAUCACAAGAGCUGAUUCAAUCGGGUUCACAUCAUCGGGUAUGAUCACUGCUAGCAAUCCAGUUAGUUAGGUCUCUCUUCGCGGGAGUAGGUAGUUUCUUAUAUACGAUCUUUCUUAUGCACCGUAGGUUCUGAAAGAUGCUCGACCAGCGGGAAAGGAGUCUAUCUAUCUGGCUUUGAAUCCAUUCUAUGGCUAAUCUUUAGCGUUCUAUCGCGAUUAUGAGAUCGCAUGGGUUUUACCAUUACCCUACAUUCAAGCCUAAACUACGGAUGUCAGCUAAAGAGAGCUACCAUUGGAACUUCUAAGAGCAUCAAGUAUCGCUCGCUGUCAGGUAAGGCAUAAAAGUGGAACGUCAUAUCCGAGUUUGGGGUACAAAGUGCAUUUUUUCCAACAACAAGUCCCGAUUGCCCUAUCUCUUAAGGGUAGCAUUUGGCUAGAAAGACCGAACUACCUACAUAUCCUCUUCUGAAGAAGAAUCAGACCCUCUGUAGUUCUAUCAAUCUAUAAGCCGAUUUAACAAGAAUCCGCGCUCGGGAAGAUGAAGGGGAAGAUGAAGGGUAGGAUGGAGGGGAGGUACCGGGCAAUCAAAGAAAGAAGCCAGCUUAAAAGCACCCUGGUCGAAGCAAAGCGCAUGCGAUGAGGGGAAGAGAUGACCAGCAGAUUUCAGCACAGGGUAGACAGUGGUAUGGAGGUCAGCAGGGACAGUGGCGUGGACAGAAUCAGAAUAGGGGAGGUCAGUCAGCUUAUGGUCGAAAUCAGUAUGGAGGUCAGAGGCAGAAUCAGCAGUUUCAGCAGCAGCAGCCUAGACAGUGGCAGAAUCGUCAACAGGGGCAAGGCCGUUAUUCAGUGUAUGGGGGCAAUCCUAAUAUGAUUCCAGUUGCUCCUUGUGCUACAUGUGGUGGACAUCAUCCGGGGAAGCCUUGUUAUAGACAGACUGGAGCAUCUUUCUUGUGUGGUAGUAUGGCACAUAGGGCAAAGGAUUGUACAGUGUCGCGUAACACUGGUGGUGGAGGAAGUGGCAGUGGAGGUCAGCAGAAUCAACAGAAUCCUUCAGGCAGAGUGUUUGCAUUGACCGCUAAUCAGGCGGCAGCUAAUUGCUAAUUCAGGUACCGUUUUCUGGAACACUUCUUGUGGGUAAACGUGAAGCUUAUGUGUUAUUUGAUACUGGUUCGACUCAUUCUGUUGUGUCCUUAUCAUUUGUUCGUUAUCUUGGAGUUUUGCCUUCAUUACUUGAUCCUCAUAUGUUAAUUGCUACCCCAAUGGGUAAUUCUUUGAUUCUUUCUGAUGAGUACCGAGGGUGUCCGAUAGUUGUGGGAGAUAGGAAUUGUAAGGUCAACUUGCUUCCGAUGAUGAUGCAUAACUUUGACAUUAUUCUGGGUAUGGAUUGGCUGAGUGAGCAUUGUGCAACAAUUGACUGUUUGGGAAAACGUGUGAUCUUUGGAGAUGUGAAUCAACCAGAAUUUGUGUUUCAGGGGUCUCAACCAGGUUCAAAUUAUUUCAGCUUUAAAGGCGAAUAAACUUUUUUGUCUAAGGGCUAUCUUGCUUUUGUGAAGGAUACAUCUAAAGAUGAACCUCGCAUUGAGGAUUAUCCAGUUGUGAAUGAGUUUGCAGAUGUCUUUCCUGAAGAGCUACCAGGUUUGCCACCACAGCGAGAAGUCUAGUUUACUAUUGAACUUGUUCCAGGUUCCGAACCUAUUUCUAAGGCGCCGUACAGGAUGGCACCAUUGGAGUUGCAAGAAUUGAAAGAGCAGCUGCAAGGGGCGAAGUACUUUUCGAAGAUAGAUUUGAGAUCGGGUUACCACCAGUUACGAGUAAGAGAUGAGGAUAUUCCGAAGACAGCAUUUCGCACUCGAUAUGGGCAUUAUGAGUUCCUUGUGAUGUCUUUUGGGUUUCUUCCUUCUGUUUCUCUUUUAUGAAAAAUCCUACUUGAGGUUUGUGUGUAUAGACUAUCCGUAAAUAUUCAUUCCACCAGGCUAUCGGUUUAGCUAUGAAAAUCUUUAGUUGCAACUGGUCGAGCUAGGUUAUGAAAGAACUAUGGCAUAGCUACUAUAUAAGCUAUAUAAAGUCAAUAGCAAGACUUGCUGUACUGGCUCUAUAUGCUUAUGGCAAGUGAGUAUACCUUUUCUAUAUACGGUAUACGAACGAUAAAAGCAAGAAUAGGAAGCCUACGAUCAAAGACCUAGAUGAUCCAUAGGCCCGAAGCGCUAGUACUCGUUGAUCUAUACUGUAUAUAGCCGCCUGCAUUCCCACUCUAUCUUGGACAGUUUAGUUCCAUCUUCUGCGUCUAUCUAAGUAGAUUCCUACCUAAUAUCUAGAAGCAAGCCUAGGUUCAGACAGCAAGCCGGUUCCAUAUUUCUGGGUAUCCAUUUACUUAUGGUCGUAUGCAGAUGAGAUUCUACGACCUAAAGCUGCUUACAAUUUAUCCGCUUGUAAGAACAAGUUAGUCUGUUAAGCUAACAAGGAUGUAUAUGGUGAAGCAAGUGGAUGAGGAGUGGACUGCAUUGAAGAGCAUGCUCCCUAUACCCACCCUUAUGAGCUAAUACCUGAUAGACGAAACGAGUUGUUGUCUUUAAGGCGAGAUGAGUUAUUGCCAUUUCGUUUUGACGGAGGAAAGGAGCAGACUUUAGUUGACGGAAAGAAAAUGUAUAUUGAUAAGUUCAAUCUCGUCCCAGCCCGAUGAUUCCAAAUCAUGGAACCUAUGGUCGUACAUCAUAGGCUAACCGUAGAAGCAUUUCGUAUGGGGCGGGCCGCUGCUCUUUCUGUUAGCAAUUCCAGCAGACCCCUACUUCUUCCUCAAUAAGGCUAAAGCCAUGCACGAAUGAAGCUACGCGCCAACGAACAACACACGCACUUCGGCCGCCCUUCCGGAACGCAGUUUUUAAACCUAUACUAUGCCAUUUGUCAGACAUUUAGUACUUGCGAUCAAAGCAUCAAGCCUGCCGGGAGUCAAUCUCGCUUAGUGUUAUACGCUAUGGGAUUUCAUAGCAUAUGGGCUCAACAUAGAUUCCCGUGGGCAGACCUUAACUAUGGAUCUAGGCCCGUCAAACAGUCGCUAGAAUGAAUAACAACGGAGAUCGGACUCUUUGAGAAAGUCGACCCAUACGGUUAUUACCCGCGCCUUAUGUUAGGCUCUAUACAAGGUCAGCUCCAUAGUGUCGAACACGUUGCAUCUUUCAGCUCGAUACAGCAAUUCCAGCAACAGCAGUUGGGAGGCCACCAUAGGUGUUUGUACCUCUGGGGUCCCAGAAUGGCGAUAUAACGCGCAAUUCUAGUCAUAGAAUGUAUUUUCUACAUUUCUUUUGGAAGAUAAGAUAGAGUAGAAUCUUGGCUUGGAAAGGCUGAGAGGGUGGAACCUAACCUAUACCUUAACCUUAACCUAUAGGCAGGGCUAGUUGCUUGCUAGCAAGAGGUAGAAGCUCAGUCUAUAGCUCCUAAACGGCUAGACGAAUUAGCUCUCUACUAGGGCACAUGACUAUCAAUCUUCUCGUCGAGAAGAGUGCCAAUCUCUCUAGGUUAACGGCAAGGUUAAGUGCUAGCAUUACAGCCUAUAUGAUGUUGUCUACGGGUCAUCUAGGUCUUUGAUCCGCUUAAAAGGUUCUUUCUCUUGUGUAAAAUCAGUCAUCUCUUCUCUUUCUCUUCUAGAAUCAUUUCUAUCCCGCUCUCGGAUAAUGAAAAUACAUAGUACCCACUAGAUAAAGACAAGUCCUUUCAGUCGCCCUCAUACACCUCCCGGCUGUAGCGUAUCACCCCGCCUAGCUAUUUUUAUCCCGCUUAGUCUUCGCUUUCUUCCAUAACCUUUGGUCGAGUAUUACAUACCUCUCCCCGAUUGAGCUCUUUAAAAGAAAAAAGAGAAAUGUCCCGGGAAUUCAGUCUAAGUCUGAGUCACCUGAGUCUAAUUCGGAGUCUGAUAAUGAGAGGUGUAGAAAGAGAGCAGAAGACUCUACCAUCUCGGGAAUCUUUCUUCAAGAUACUUUCUUUCAAGUCAAGACAAGCAAGGAAGGGUAAAUCAUAGAUAGUAAUUCCACUGGCACCUUUCUCGACCGGCCCGCCAGGACUUGGAGCUUUAUAUAUAAUUAGAUUUUCCUCUUUCUCGGGAAGCAUAUAAAAGAAAAGGUCGAGGUUCUGAAAGAAGAGUUGGCGAAGUAAACAAUUCCAUCUUCCAACAGUAGCUGCUGGUUCUCGACUCCGCUAUGACUCUUAUCGAAUCCACCCCCUUUUUCAUACCAUACAAGGAAUUUCGACUGAGAAUGACACCUUAUUCGCUCUGCUACAACGAACGAAAUAGCAGACCAUUGAGGGCGGCUCAAACCAUCCUUUUGACCGGGCCCACUUUCUUUUAUCGCCUUAUUCACUUUCUUUUAUCGCCUUAUUGAAGCAAAGUGGUGGAAACAGGUGAUGAGUCUGGGAAGUCAGUGCAUUUAGAGUUCACUUCUUUUGGACUUUUAUGGAGUCGAGCUACUUUGCGAAAGAACGUCAGAGAGUGAGAGUGAAGCUUUGCCCCGAGAGGAUAUCUAUACAGUCUUCUUUCUAUCCUUCUACCUGACCUGCUCUAUAAAGGAAUGCUUCUAGGAGUUGGAGAUCAACCAGCUCUGAUAGAAGAAAUGUAAUUUCUUAGUUCUCAACUUAGGAACCUGGCACCUAGAUAUUGACCUAAACCAAUCGCACUAACCGCGGGUCUUCUUUCUUUAUCAAAUGAUUCGCCUGAACCACAUAUUAAGAUUACAUCAAGUAAUCCCACGACAAGCAUUAGGGUAGGGGACAUUUUAUUUUGUUUUGAUUAUUCGGUCUCGCCAGCCUUCCUCUUGGCUAAGCUCCGCUUGCUCCAAACCAUGAGAUCCAAGAAGGGGGUGGACAAAGAAGCUUCGUCGGAUCUUCCCUGAAAGCAGGGGAAGGCAAAGAACCAUGAGACGGGUUGAUCGAAGAGCUGCUAACAAGCGAAGGCAGGAUUGAACUGAUUGAUUGUUUGAUUUUGCUCGGAGGAUGCACAGAACAGCGUCGCUCGCUUCCGUCCUAUUCUCUUAGUCUACUAUGCAUGGCAACCUCGACGGAUUUGGUAGGGCUGAGUGAGGGAGAUUGAUCGCUUAGCUGCUUUGCUUAGCUCGGAACGAUGGACAGCAGAUAGCUCCGAACACAAGCUAUGACUGAUUAGCAGUGCACUGCGUAGGUUGCUGCUUAUCCCGGGAUAGGAACGAAUGAGCUGCCCUUUGCCCGGCCGAUCAUCCAAUGCUUUCGUCCGUCUCCGCUCAACUUGGAGGAUAAAUGCAUUUACUGGGCGACUCGAGGAGGCGGGUACGAAUGAAAAGUCCAUCAAGCCCAAGCCGAGGUCGGAGAUAGAAUGGCUUCAAGCUCUCAUGAUCGUCGACCGAGCUGAGAAGAAGCACUAGCAGUUCUCGUCGAAUAACCGAUUGCAGUUUUUUAUUCUCCUCAGUUCAUGAGUUAUUGUUAGGCCCUACGACUAGUAGUGCGUUCACUCCCGGAUUAACACUCACAAAGGAAUGGCUUUUAGAAAGAUUCUUUGGUAGGAAGGUCUCUCAAUUCCUAUACUAUGCUCCCAACAGCUGAUUAUCAUGUAAUGUCAAACCUUCAGCGUAUUCUGAUUCACUUGCCGGCUAUGCGCAAUAGGGAUUGCUGCUUCCACGGCUGUCUCCACUCGGUCAAAUGCAUCCGCCUCUGUCUCUAUCUCCACUGCUGGAUCGACAGAAGAUAUUUCAGAGUGAAGCUUUGCCCCGAGAGGCUGUAAAGAAGGUAUAUCGGCUCAACAUUCGGACAUAUAAAAGAAGUCGUGAACUCCAGAAAGGAGGGAACUCAAAGAAAGAUACCUGCGAAUGGUACUGCUACUUUAAAGCCUAGGGCUAAUAGCAAGACAGAGAGAUUCGUGGCGUGGAGAGAUGUGCUAGACUCUAUUUUUAUCCUAAUAGCCAGCCCCAUCCUCUUUCAGAUUCCAGUUACCAUCAGAUUGAAUGAAAGGGAUGACCAGCAGAUGAUAGCAAGGCUAAACAGAUUCGAGAUUCUCGAUCAGAUGAGCGAACAGGGCAAGCACGUACUACCAGAAGAGUAGACCUCAGGGCGAGAUAAAGGUGAGGGCCGAAGAAGGCAUUGACUUGAAGGGGACUUACCUGUAAGUGAUAUCUAGUAAACUACCUUAUGUGUGAUGCAAGGUUUUCUUACUCUGUGUCGGUCGUUGUAGUUGAUAUUGAUUCGAUAGGCCUCUUGUAUUAGAAAAGACUUCAUUCUUCCACUUUCUCGUGCUACUUAACUCACAGUAGUGCACUCAAUAGCCUAAGAGUGGCUUCAAAGCUGAGAAGAGAGGAGACAUAGUGGUCCCCCCCGGACCGCCCGGAUCCCACGAGUGAAUCGAAAGUUGGAUUUCGCCUUAAUGUUUCUUAGGGUUGAAAGAGAAAAAUGAGAUGUCCGAAACCAGCAUUGAGUGAAGUUCCUUCCUCUAUAGCAGCUGAUUCCAAGCAAUGAAAUUACCUCCUUAAUAGCUUCUUUGGACAGCUAGUCUUUCCUCUGCUACAUCCGCUGAUCAGGUCACGUGAAUUCCAACUAAAUCUUUUACACCGGUGUAUCGUACUCUCUCGACCAGGUCAUCAUAAGAAAAUACUGCUAAAUCUUUCCGAAGUGAGAGAGGGGGGGAAGGCGCGCUACAACUAACAUAACAGCCAGCUGAAAAACGUUAGCUAGCUAGGCUAGCGCGCAAUGGCAUUCUCUGAUAGGGGCUCGCUUCUUCAAGCUCCGCCCAAACCUAUACAAGGUGCUGCUCGCUUUCUCUCGGCCACUAGUGGCUUAUGUAGUGGUCGGCAUUCCUACGUGCUCCUCCUUGCCCCCCCACUUAAGAAUCCAAAGGUUACCUUUGGAUGUUGUCGUGACGCUUUGGUUACGAAGGUUACCGGGGUCGGAUGGAUUCAGUCAGCGAAAGUCCCCCCAACUCAAUCAAUAUCAACAACAUGUCGUGACCGGUUAGGCUUGGUUUAUUUUGUCAGAAAAUAAAGUAGGUUUCGGGGGUUCAUUGAUUAGUACACCUCAGGUGCUGGUAAGGUCGGGACCGUGGUCGUCCGUCUCCGGUUUGCCGGCCGAGAAUAUUUAUGAGAUUGACCAGCCAGCUGGGUUGGUUUGGCUUUUCUUUUCUAUUGAAAAGGAGUCAGCUGUCUGCGCGAGUCACCUUCUUCUAGGCUCCGCUGGACGACACGGCAUUCUCGUUCAAAUAAAGAGAGGCCGGCCGUACUUGUGAUGGUUCCCAAGGAUCCAAUAUGACCACUUAGGUCUACGUUGCCACGAUAUUGUUAUAUGAAAGCGGGCGGAAGUUCGGCCCGGUUUUUGGUGUCGUAGGGGAGGGAUUUCCCUUUCUAACGCAUAUUCAGUCGUACCGGCAUGGCCCCACUUAUUUGUUUUCGAUCGGAGCAUCAAGCAGCGCAACCCGGUUCUACUUGACUAAGCCCGUGCUCGUCCAAGGAGGGAGUUUGCUUUACCCAACUAACUUUUUGAUAACAAGGCAGAAACCCCCGACCCGACAUUCAUUAGUUUCGAAUGAAGAGUGCUCCGCCCUAGCAAGCAC